CUUUAAUUUCGCUGAUUAAUUUAAUCAGGGCUUGUCUGAAAAAGUCCAUGAGGAGCUUCACUUUUAUACCCUCUUCCCUCUCCCACUACUCCUCCUCCACCCACUAGCAUCAAAAUCACUUUCUUAUCAUCUGGCCCCUCAUAUUUUCUGCAAAUAUCAUUCACCUGCGAGCUUUUGAUAGGAUUUUUUUCUCGUUCCUUAAUCUUCCCGGGGCAGCAAUAUAUAGAGAGAGGAUGAAGAACAAGCAGAGACAAAGCCAGAACAUGGUGGUGAGGAUAAUUACUUCGCCUUUGAGAGUUCUGGGGAAAGCGAAGGACUUUUACAUCAGAAGCAUCACCAACUGCGGCAACAGCAUGAACUACAGCAACCCCAUGGAUGUUGCCGGACGGUUCGAAGCUUUGCCAAGAAGCUACAGUGCGGCCACGACGAAGCUGGACGACCGGGAGGAUUUUGCAGAGCUAAUGAGAGCAGCUUCUGAUAGGACGUUGAUGGAGAAAUUGGACAUGGAUUUAGUUCUGAAAAAAAAGGAGGCGUCUAAAGUUUUGCCCAAGUCUGUGAGUGCUGGGAUGGGUAAGAUUGACGAAGACAGUCCCUGUGAUUUUGGAGACACGCCUCUUCCUGCUGUUCCUGACUUGUACCCAAGAAGUAGAAGCUACGCUGUUACAAGGACAGCCGUUGCUGUUUUCUGAAAUCCCCCUUUUGCUUCUCCCAGACAAAAGCUUGUUCCUUUUUAAUGGCUGUUAGAUUUGCUAACUGGGUUGCUCGAGUUUAUCUUCCUGUUUUAAGUAUAACCAUAGCACUACCAUUGUUGUGUUCUCUUUUUGGGUGGUUUUUAUAAUUCAGUAAAUAUGGAGCUAGAUCGAUCUCGGUGUGCCUGCCCAGAAUUGGGAGUAACAUUAAUAUAAACAUGAACUGCGCAGGUGAAA